UUGACAGUUUGGUUGGUAAAAUGAACGCUGUGGGCUGUAUAAGCGGGCGGAUGGCUCGUUAAUUUUAUUAUUUCAUCAGAAUUUUAUUUCAUAUAAUAAUGUUAAACUAGUUACUUACUAUUCUAUCGUAUUAGUCUUCUUAACCUACUAAUAAGUGUUCUCUACUUCCAAGUGUUCUUUAAAAAUAAGCGAAAAUGCAUCGACGAAGGGGUCCAAACUUUACCUAUGUAAGCAGCUGCGUAAAAUACAUGAUAUUUGUUUUGAAUUUCAUAUUCUGGCUAUUGGGAGGCCUCCUUGUAGGAGUAGGUCUCUAUGCUUUCAUAGACAAAUGGCAGGCUACGGGACUUAUCAAGUUGGACACUAUCUACGACUUAAUGCUGAACAUCAGUUUACUCAUAGCACUGCUAGGGGGCGUGGUGUUCAUCGUCAGCUUCGCAGGCUGUCUCGGCGCCCUAAGGGAGAACACAUGUCUCUUGAAAUUUUACUCCCUCUGCCUUUUAAUCCUAUUCUUAGUGGAGAUGGGGGGAGCAGUGUGCGGGUUCGUGUUCCCGCGGUCGCUGCACGGGCUGCUGGAGCUGAGCUUCACGGAGCGCGUGGUGCACGCCUACAGGGACGACCCCGAUCUGCAGAACUUCAUCGACUUCGCUCAGAGCGAUUUCCACUGCUGUGGCUUAACAUCAGCGGGCUACAUGGAUUGGUCAAAGAAUGAAUACUUCAACUGUUCGUCUCCGUCGGUAGAGCGUUGUGGCGUUCCGUUCUCUUGUUGUAUCAACGCUACGGAUAUCACUUCGGGAUUGGUCAAUAUCAUGUGCGGAUAUGGCGUGCAGAACUUUCCUGUAGCGGAAGCAAGCAAGCGUGUUUGGACAAGCGGCUGUAUCGAGAUAGUUCGUCUGUGGGCAGAGAGGAAUCUCUACACCAUAGCGUCUGUAGCUCUGGGGGUGGCACUGUCUCAACUGUUUGUCAUUUAUCUCGCCAAAACUCUGGAGGGGCAGAUUGAGCUGCAAAAAGCUAGAUGGCAAACAUGAAACAGGGGGUCGGCGGGCGUCUACCGCGACGACUGUCGCCGCGCGCUGCUGUAGCACACACACACACACACACACACUCACACACACUCCCACACGCUCACACACACACACGAUGGCGGACACAGUGAUGGUGAAGAAAGAGACAGACAGCUACAUAUGUGAAGUGUGUGCGGGAUUGGUCAACAUUAGUGUUUCUGUGUUUGUGAUUGAAUCCGUGUGAUUUUGAAGUUCCAUAAAAUGGAUACAUGUGAAACUAACACAUCAGUGAUUUCAACGUUGAGUUCAAGCAAGAAUAAUGCUUUAGAAUUUGUUUUCUGAAUGAUCUAAAUAACAGUGAAAAUAUAAAAUCAAAUUACUUUCGCAAAGUUACACGAAAAAAUUGUUAAAAAUUGUUUAAAAUACAGUGUAUUUUACAUAGGUAACUCGGAAAUUAAUUUUUCUACUCUUAAGUAUAUAAUCUGUACUUCAAACCAGAUCAAUUGACAAUUAAACAUGGUAGUAUUAUAAAGUGCCAUCAACUAUGUGCGGUGAAGUGAAGACUGAACAAUGCCAGUGUUUGUAACUAAUACAGAACUAAAAAAGAAAAACUUUAACUCUCACUAACUUAUACUAAACGUAUUUUUCAUCAAAAUACGCGUAUCUUUUUCUCUGUGUCAAUAGGCGCAAUCGGACAAAAUGUUUUAGUACCUCUAUGAUUAUUCAUCAAUGAAAAAGUCACAUCAAUAUCUAAAUUAUUUCUCAACAAAAACCAAUACAUUUUUCGAAGGCAAUAUUUUGAAGACCUUGAAACGAACUUUUCCAUAAAGUUUAAUUUUUAUAGUAUAAAUUCAGGCUGAACAGUGACAAAAUCAGUUCAUUGAAAUGUAUGCAUGUAGAAUUGAAUAUUUAAAACAAUUUUCAUACUAUUGUGUGGUUACUCGUAUAAUUUAAUAGAUUUAAAGAUAGUGUAUGUUUUAAUUUAUGAACAAGAAGGAAGAUAAGUUAAAAUGUGCAUCAAAUAUGACCACAACAAUCUCAUUGUAUCAAUCUUCAGUUAUAUAUUACCUUUACGAAUUUCACUGUUAAUCUAAACUAUUGUAUAGUGCUGUAUAAAAGUGUAGUAUGUAUGUAUGUAUGUUGCUUAUAUGUUACACUAGCUGCGCCCCGGGUUUUCGCUCCCGUGGGAAUUUCGGGAUAAAAAGUACCAAAUGCGUUAUUCCAGGUUAUAUCCUACCCGUGUACCGAAUUUUAUAAUAAUCGUUCCAGUAGAUUUUGCUUGAAAGAGUAACAAACAUACAUACAAACAUCCUCACAAACUUUGCAUUUAUAAUAUUAGUAGGAUACAUCGCCUUUUUUACAUUAUAUAUAAAGUAGGGAAUGUAAAAUGGCUAUGUACACUGUAUUUUACAAAUUCACUUGCAUAAAAAUAAUUAGAAUUUGGAAAAUGACUUUGUAUUUUGGUAAUGAAUCUACUAUUUAUUUACUUAUUUCAUAUAUGUAUUUAUAUUAUACAUGUGUUUUUUUAAAAACAUAAGCCAAUUUUUCUCAAUACAUGUAGAUAAACGACUCUUUAAAAAAUGUUAUGGCUACUGAGAUAAGGACAUAAAGUUUCGACAUGUAUUAUUUUUAAAUACUAAAAAUAUUUUGUCAUAUCUUGUUAUUCCUACAUUUUUUUAAUUCUUGCUCUAUUUUAUCAUCCAAAUUUAAUGUGGAAAUUUUACGGUUGUUUAAAUGAAAAAAAAGAUAAUAAGUUCAAAGCGCAAAAGAUACAAAAAAUACUGUUUAAUGUCGGCUAUACGCUAUCACCUGACUCGGACGCCGACGCGAAUGCGCGAACAUUGCGUAGUUUGUAUGAGAGCUUUUAUUUACCGCAAUGAAAAACCAGCAAUGUUCGUCGAAACAGCAAAAUUUGGCGAACUGUUUCGCAAUAAUGCACAGCAGGCGUAAAAAUUUCGCUGACGCUCGUCAAGACACGACAUCGUGGUUUUCGCGAACCUUUAAAAUAGUAAAUUAUACACGAAUAUAGUAAAGCGAAGAUUUAAGACCAGAUUAAAUAGUUUCGUCGAUGGUGAAAUAUCGCUUUGUAUAUACCCUGCUUUUCACUUUGAUUGUGUUGAACAUUAUUAAAAAUAAUCAUUCUGAAAUUCGUUGAUGUUGGUACAGUCUGUCAAGAAAGUGAUUAAAUUAAAUGAGCUCCUGUUGGCUGGAAACACUGGGUGUUUAUCAAACAAUCUUGACCAUUCCAUUAGGUAAAGUUCUUGCCACUGAACCGAGAGGUUCCGGGUUCGAUCCCCGGUCGGGUCAUGAUGGAAAAUGAUCUUUUUCUGAUUAGCCCAUCUCUUGGAUGUUUAUCUAUAUAUGUAUUUGUUAUAAAAUAUAGUAUCGUUGAGUUUACUAUUCCAUAACACAAGUCUCGAGCUUACUUUGGGGCUAGCUUAUUAUUUAUUACAAUGGCAAAAAAAUAAUAAUUCAAAGAUCCGUUUUCUUCACUUUCUUCGACAGAAUCCUAUUUUUUUUUUGGCCAAAUGAUUGAGCACUUUUAAGCUUAAAAUAACGGUUAUCAAGCUAUCAUAAUAUCAAACUUUACAAUUAUGAAAAAUGAAUUUCUUAGACACUGCCAGUGAGCCAAUACUCGUUUUAUAUAAUAUUUCUCUAUACUUGUAUAUUCUCCACAUAGUAUGUUGUGUAGAUUCACGGAUUAAAUGUAUAGAUAGGUGUAUAAAUUUGUGUCUUGAUUAUUGUGUAGGUUGGAUAGCUAAUAGAGCUAUUUAUAUCGUUACUAUUUUAUAUUAUGACACACAGAUAAAGAUAGACAGAGAUAACUACAAACAUAUUGAUAUUUUCUAUUUCACUCAUACAAGAAAGAGCGCGUAUUUACAUACACGUAUAUAUACACGAUGAGAAACGGGACAGAACUAUUAUCUUUUGUCCCACAUCGUAUGCCGGGUUUUACAAAGCUAGCCUAACGUAACCAGCCAGUACGCGUGUAUUGAUUAGUCUAUCUCAUGACGUUUCCCUUGACAUUUACGCCGUUCGCGGUAUAUAAAAUUGAAAAUAUUUAGGUCUGUCAAGAAGAAAUUAAAUGAGGGCGCUGUCUCCUGUGGGCUGGCAACACUGUGUUUAUCAACCAAUCAUGACCAUUCUAUUUGGUAUUGCAAUAGCAAAAAAUGUGGUUCGUCAUAAAUCCGGUUAGUUCACUUUCUUGACAGACCCUAAAUGACUCUGUAUUGUGCUACUUUUAAAAACGAAUAAUCUAGCUCAAUCUAUUUUUUGUGAUUUAGAAAAAAUGCAUUUUCUUUGCAUUUUUAUGUAUAAUUUAUAGCCGUAUGUGAUAUUUUAAGCUUAUGCACUUUAUAUUUGUCUUGGUUUUUAAAUUAUGUGUCCAAUUUAAGGAUAUCCCAAAUCUGAUAGAUUUUACGUGCAAUAUUUUUUAAGUAAGUAUGUCCUUGGAGUAGGAUGAGAAUUCUGAUAAAUAAAAGUAACUAAGGACAUGAAAAAAAAUCACGUUUCCAAAUUGAUUGUUUCCAUCUCAUUAUUUAGUUUUAGUUUUAAAAGCAUGUGUGACAUGUAUAACAAUAUAUAAGAUUAAAUACAUAAUAUUCCUGUGCUAAACAAAAACAUACAUUAUAAGGCUUAUUCAUAAAAAAGUUAGAGCAUACUUUACGCUAAAGUAUGUUUUAUCACUAUCACACUUUACUAUAUUUGAUAUUGACAAGUGGAGACAAAACAUUCAUUAGCUUAAAGUACCCUUUAAAAUUAUGAAUAAGAGAGUAAAAGAAUUGGUAAUAGGGAAUAUUGCUGUGAUAUUGUCAAGACCAAAUGCAACUCCGAAAUAAGUCGUAAACAGCGUAUUUUGACAUUGACAAUGAUCUCCAACCUCAUCAAAUUUUCCAAUUAAUUUGGCUACGCUAGCUUUAUCUUUAGAUUUUGUCUUUGAAUGGCGAACCAUUCAAAGACAAACAUUGAUUGUUUGCAUUCAAAGCCAUUGGUGGCGCCAUCUAAUGUAACGUAAUAUUCCCUGAGGCUCUAGACUAUGGUAAAGUCUAGACUACGUUAUAAAAGUUAUUUGUUCUAUCAUAUAAUUUGCUGAAUUUAUAUAUAAGUUAAAAAUAAAUUAAUUUGGAAAAACCUAAAUAACCGCCUUGAUAAAAAUUGUAAUCACAGAUAGUAGCUCUGUAUGUACAGUACAUAGCUACUAAUUGUGAAUACAAUUUGAAUGUAUUAAAGUCUCAAAAUAAUGAGGCUGGAAACGAAAACAUUCAAAAUUUUUUAUAGAGAAAAAAUUUUUUAGGUUUAAAAAAUUGUAAAUGUAUUGUCUCAAGAUUUUUAUCUAUUAUUAGCUAUAAUAACAAACCAAAUGUAAUAGUGUCAUUUAGAUUAGUAAUAAGAUGAUGUAAAUAUGUUGUCAGUCUUAAAUAAAUCUUUUUAUAUUCUGGCGAUAAACAUUUUGACAGUGGAGGCUAAGCGAAAUUCGUCGCCAGGUGGCGCUGGCGUGUAAAGGGUCCGACCUUUUUUUGAAAACGGACCUUUCACAUUACCAGUCCUCUUAGUCAAUGGAAUUCACUAGCGUUGAAAGUCAGAAUCCCCUGAAGAGUUACUUUACAUUAACUAUUGUCAUGCCGCGAGCAGUCCGCUAAUUUGUUGUCAGUGUAAAGUGUGUAUUCAGGGGACGCUUUAGAGCUCACAUUCAAUGAAUAUAAACUUGCCGGGUGGGAGCGGUUUCGAAUCUAAAUAUUUUAGUAGUUUUUAUGAACAAAUACUGAUGUAGUCUUUUUGUAUAGAUGCCAUUCUUAAAUGUAUGUAUUUGUAUUAAUGCCUAUAUAUAAGGAAACUUCUAGAUAUAAAAAAAAAUAUUUUCAUCGCUUGGAAUUACGUGGCUCGUAAUUCGCAUUAUUUAGAUUGUUUUUGGGGUUUUGACUGAAUUUUACAUUCCAAAAAAACGCGUUGCACUCCGGGAGUGCCGACAGAAGUGAAAACUUGAAUAUUAACGGUGUGCAUUUUUUACGUCUUACGAAUUUUCGAUCAGGGUCACGUGUCCUGACGCGAGUUUAAAAUUUUUUACCCAUCACAAAAAAUGCUCCACGCCGCGCCGCUAAAGAAGUUUUCACUUCAAAAAUCUUAGCCAAAUUGAUUUAAAUUUUAAUGUGCUUUAUAUUUGCAGCUGUGAAUGAACAUGACAAAAAUAUGCCAUUUUAAUAAAUACAAUUCCAAUUUUAUCAGUUAUUGUGAAAAAUGGAGAAUUAUAUUGCCAAUACAGUCGCAGUGUGUGUUACAUUCCACACAACAGCCAAGAGGAAUACGACUCCCAAGAUUAUAAGAAUCGGGUCCGCGCGCGGGGCCAUUCUAAAUCUAUGAUAAGAAUAUUAUCCUAUCUACCUUAGUAGAACAGUUUAUAUCAUCCAUGCCUCAGGUAGAUGUACAUUAUUUAUUAAGGAAAAAGUAACGAAAUAAUCCAUAAUUUGAUAUUAACUUACAUGUAUUGCUCGUGCUGUAUACGCAUUCGAUGUUCACCUGGUUUAAUUAUUUGCAUACAUUGAUGAUCGCAUAACAUCAUUGUCAGCUAUUUCACAAAUUUAUUUUCCGUAUACUUACCGUAUUUUUAAUUUACAAUUUGUGAUUGUAACUGUGAAGUAGCUAUUAGGUAUGUGUUCUCAAUUAAUUAAGUAAUAAAUAAAAAUGUAUUCUUAUGCAUUGAUCUCUAAGAGACUAGUGUAAAUCAAUAUUCUUGUACAUUAUUAAUCUCUUUCAUGAUAUAUUUGAGAAAAUAGAGAAUAAAAAAAUGUAACCUGCUA